ACAUGCAAAUGGACGUCUCUUGUAUUCUGAGAUGGGAUUUAGGCCUAUAAGUUAAUCAACUUGAUCAAGUUUGAUACAGUUUUCACAUUCCAUGGCUUCUUUCUCGAUGGAGGAUUUUGUGGGAACUGGAUCUCUAAAGAAACUUCUUCCAAAGCUGUUAGAUGAUGGUUGGGACGAUGUUCCAACUUUGAAGAUAAUGAAUACAGAAGACAUGAGUGCAAUCAACAUGAAUCAAACACAAAAAGAUGCAUUGGAGAUGAGGUCAUACCUUCAUGAUCGAUCACUAAUGCAAUACGCAGAUAAACUAGAAGCUUCAGGAAAAUGUCUAGCAGAGCUUCUAAACCUCGGAAUCUCAGACCUUUCUUCUCAAUUCGCCAUGAAAAGAGGACACAUCGCACGUUUCAUGGACAGAACCUCACAAUGCGAAGCUGAUCCAAUCCCAUCGUCGUUUUCUCUCCCUGCAAGAAAACCAACGAACCCACCUUCGCGAAACCCAAGUAUGUUCAAGAACCCAUCGAUCUCCACAAGACCAAAAUUGCAGGCUAUGUCAACACGAAGCAACAUAGCUUAUGAUUCAACAAUCGAGCAAUCAAUCGCUGAUUUCAAGAUCAAAGAUGGGUAUAUCUUCAAAGGGGUUGUCGCUGCCUUACCUGAUGAGCCUAGGGCGUGUGGUUGUAUACAGCAACCUCCCAUUGUCGAUGAUGUCGCUUCAUAUUCCAGUAUCGAGAAUAUUUCAGUUCAGAAGCUAACACCAGAGUAUAAGAUAGGUAUGGAGCGAUUAGUCAAAACCAAGACACCGCCGAUGAGAGUUUCCGACUUGUGGCGGGACAAACCAUCUCUUCUCCUUUGCAUCCGCCGGCCGGGAUGCAUCAUGUGCAGAGCUGAGGCGCAUAAACUUUACUCAAAGAAACCAAUAUUUGAUGCACUUGGGAUCAAUCUCUUUGCUGUUCUUCAUGAACAUAUAGAAUCAGAGGUAAGAGAUUUCUGGCCACGAUAUUGGGGUGGGGUUGUGCUUCUUGACAAGAACAUGGAUUUUUUCAAAGCUCUUGGUGGAGGAUCCUUGCUUAAAGACAAAUUCAUAUCAGGGUUUCUCUUUAAUCCUCGAGCUCGUGCAAACUACAAGCGUGCGAAAGCUAUGGGAAUCGAGCAAAACUUCAAGGGAGAAGGCGAAAUAAAAGGUGGACUUUUUAUUGUUGGCAAAGGGAAAAGUGGAAUCGCCUACCAGUUUAUAGAGCGAAACUUUGGAGACUGGGCACCACUUGCUGAAGUCGUUGAGAUUGGUACAAAGUUGCAGAACCAACAACUGAAUAGGGAGAAUUCGAUAGCAUCACGGGACUUUGAAUGAAGUGAUAUGAAACAUGGUCGAGUCCAUACUCUUCGUUACGUUAGUUCUAGUGAGGUUAUAUUGGUUUCAAGAGCAAAGCGUAGUCAGAUUACUGGCUUUGCACUUCAAUGCAGAUCUCCUAUUUGUUUGUUUUUUUUUUUCUUUUCUUAUGAUUAAUUAUUU